CUUUUUCAAGCGGAAUUGGUUGGGAGGAAUAUCGGUUGGCGAUUCUAUGUCAAUGCAGUAGUUGGCGAACGUUCAGUCGUUGGUUGUUGGGCGAAGGACGCGUUUGUGCAAAAAAAAAUAUAAUCUCAAAAAGCCAAUAAAGGAAAAGAUACUCUUUAACUGCGGAAUUAUUUCAAUUGUGUUCUAAAAAAUAUUCAAAAGUAAAUUAAGAUAAAAAUAAAAUAUUUUGAAAAAAAAAAAAAAUUAAUUAAAAUUAAAAAAAAAAAAUAAAAUUUAUUUAAAAUAAAAAAUUUUGAAAUGCUUUUCCGAAAUAUUUUCCCGAUUUUACUUUACUGCAUAUUUGCCGAUGUCCAAGUUCAAGCCCAAAGAACAGCACUCGAUACAAAUUUGGGUGGGUUUGUGAGUCUGCUACGUCCACUGAUUUUGAACGUAAUGGGAAGAUCGGGCGAUGUUCCCAGCAAUGUGGCACUGCAUCGUCGCAGAGGGAAAACCCAACACUCCGAUAAACGUGCCAGAUCGGCUAAAGAGUUUUGUGAUGUCAAUGGUCCGGGAAAACGUAGUCCUGAACCUCCCACAUCGGUACAUCGCCUACGGCCGGGAGAUAUCGAUAUUAUUGCAGCCAUGGGAGAUUCUCUGACAGCUGGCAAUGGUGUUAUAGCCACCAAUUUGAUGCAAGUUAUUCACGAAAAUAGAGGUGUAGUUUGGUCCAUUGGGGGCCAGGGUAAUUGGCGACAAUAUUUAACUAUACCUAAUUUGCUCAAGGAAUAUAAUCCAAAUUUAUAUGGCUAUUCUCUGAAGGAUGGUUUGGGACGAGACAGAACAUCCAGAUUCAACGUUGCCGAAUUGGGCGCCAUGUCACGUGACAUGCCCUACAUGGCCAAGGUAUUGGUGGCCCGACUAUCGCACGAUCCCAAUGUCAACAUGACCCAUCAUUGGAAACUGAUAACCAUGCUGAUUGGUAAUAAUGAUUUUUGUUCCGAUGUUUGUUAUUUAGCCGAUCCCAUGAAAUCGAUCGAUUAUCACGAACAAAAUAUGUUGAAAACUUAUCGUUACCUUAGGGAUAAUGUUCCGCGUCUCAUGUUGAAUGUUGUACCAGCACCGAAUUUAUUGCUGUUGACCAAAUUGAAAGGUUUACCGCCGCAAUGUCACAUCACCUUGCCGUUUGAAUGUCCCUGCCUUAUUGGCAAGAGUAGGAAGAGGCUGGAGUAUAUGAAUAAGUUGAUGGAAAAAUGGAUACAAAAGGAUUACGAAAUAGCUAAUAGGGCGGAAUUUAACUCGGAGACAUUUACGAUUAACAUAGAACACUUUACCAAAGAUUUUGUUUUUCCAAAAUUGCCAAAUGGCAACACCGAUACCUCGUACAGUUCAGAGGACUGUUUUCACAUCAGUCAAAAGGGUCAUGCAGCAAGUGCCAACUCUUACUGGAACAAUCUCUUUGAAAUGCCCAAUAACAAGUCAUCAUUUACUAAGGAUAUCUACGAUAAUUUUGUGUGUCCCACCGAAGAGCAUCCAUACAUAAUAACUCGAGUCAAUAGUCGUAAAGAUUUUAGAAAAUAAUUCAUUAUAAUAAUUCAUUUUAUCAUUUAAAGUCGAAGGGGUGUUUAAUAGUGAACAUGGAUAGUUAAUUAACAUUUAUUGUGACUAGAUUUAACCUGAUGAGUUCAUUAUAUCCCUGUUCCACUGUUUAUAUAGCAUUUAGUCAAUUUCAUGCAUUUCGUAUUCAAAAACUGUGAUAAUUCAUGUUCAUUUUCUUUUAUAUAUUUUUUGAAAUAAACGAAA